AGCAGUUCAGUGGCCGCUUCUAGUGCGGCUCUUCGCAAAUGAGCAGAAAGGAGGCUAGGGCUCGCCUCCGCGCAUUUGAGCGAGCGGUGAGCCUCCGCUCGAUCGGCCACCCAGCCCAGGGCAGGAAACGGGUGGUGGUCGGCUGAGCCCGCGGUACCCGCCUCUGUCGCCGCCUCUACGGGCCCCGCUCUCGCCUCAGGGUCCCAUGAUGGCGUCGGCGUGGAUGGACCCGACGCGGGUGUCUGUGACCUUCGAUGAUGUGGCUGUGACUUUUACCCAGGAGGAGUGGGGGCAGCUGGACCUGGAUCAGAGGACCCUGUACCAGGAGGUGAUGCUGGAAAACUGUGGGCUUCUGGUGUCUCUGGGGUGUCCUGUUCCCAGAUCUGAGCUGAUCUACCAACUGGAGCAGGGGCAGGAGUUGUGGACAGUGAAGAAAGACCUCUCCCGAAGCACCUGUCCAGGUGACAAAGGAAAGCCCAAGACCACAGAACCUACCACUUGUGAGCCAGCCCUGUCUGAGGGAGUCUUAUUCCAGCAACAACUAAUACAAAGAGUUUCAGAGGACUCCCAGUUGGGCCAAAUCAAUGAUCAGGAAGGGUCACUGGAAAUGCAAGAAGGACACUUGAGACCAGAGAUAGAACCCCAGAAGGACAAGCUCCCUGGGAAACCAAGCUCUGAAUAUGGCAGCUUAGGGACACCUGGUGGUGUGUGUUCAAAGAUUGUAGAGGAGCCAGUCCCUCCAGGAGGUGCUGUCCAUGACCAUGACUCAUGUGGAUCUGGUAAUGAUCUCAUGAUUCAGGAAGAGGAAAGUAUUUUUAAAUGCAACGAAUGUGGGAAAAUUUUUAAUAAGAAACGCCUCCUUGCUCGACAUGAGAGGAUUCACUCUGGAGUGAAGCCCUAUGAAUGCACAGAGUGUGGGAAAACCUUUAGUAAGAGCACUUAUCUCCUUCAACACCACAUGGUCCACACCGGGGAGAAGCCCUAUAAGUGCAUGGAGUGUGGCAAGGCCUUCAACCGCAAGUCACACCUUACACAACACCAGCGGAUUCACAGUGGAGAAAAGCCUUAUAAAUGCAAUGAAUGUGGAAAGGCCUUCACCCACCGCUCCACUUUUGUUUUGCAUAACAGGAGCCACACUGGAGAAAAACCCUUUGUGUGCAAAGAAUGUGGAAAAGCCUUCCGAGAUAGGCCAGGUUUCAUUCGACACUACAUUAUCCACAGUGGUGAGAAUCCGUAUGAGUGCUUUGAAUGUGGCAAGGUCUUUAAACACAGGUCAUACCUCAUGUGGCACCAGCAGAUUCACACUGGGGAGAAGCCCUAUGAAUGCAGUGAAUGUGGGAAAGCCUUCUGUGAGAGCGCAGCCCUCAUUCACCACUAUGUCAUCCACACUGGGGAGAAGCCCUUUGAGUGCCUCGAGUGUGGGAAGGCCUUCAACCACAGGUCAUACCUCAAGAGGCACCAGCGGAUUCACACUGGGGAGAAGCCCUAUGUGUGCACUGAAUGUGGAAAGGCCUUCACCCACUGCUCCACUUUUAUCUUGCAUAAACGGGCCCACACUGGAGAGAAACCUUUUGAGUGCAAAGAAUGUGGGAAAGCCUUUAGCAAUCGGGCAGACCUCAUUCGGCACUUCAGCAUCCACACUGGAGAGAAGCCCUAUGAGUGCAUGGAGUGUGGGAAGGCGUUUAACCGCAGGUCAGGCCUCACCAGGCACCAGCGGAUUCACAGUGGAGAGAAGCCCUAUGAAUGCCUCGAGUGUGGGAAAACCUUCUGCUGGAGCACAAACCUCAUUCGACACUCCAUCAUCCACACUGGAGAGAAGCCCUAUGAGUGCAGUGAGUGUGGAAAGGCCUUCAGUCGCAGCUCAUCCCUCACUCAGCAUCAGAGGGUUCAUACUGGGAGAAACCCUGUCAGCGUGACAGAUGUGGGAAGAACCUUCACAAGUGGGCAGUCCUCAGUCAAUCUUCAAGAACUCCUAUUGGGGAAAGACUUUUUGCAUGUAACCACUGAGGAAAAUCUUUUGCCAGAGGAAACAUCUUACUCAGAGUCUGAUCAUUCAUACCAAAGAGAAACACCACAAUUUUCUUCCCUCGCCUGCCGGGGCCCCGACCCCGUCCCGGGAGCUCUGACGCGACGGCCUGGGCCUCGUGCGCAUUUUGCGCCUGGGAAACUGAGGCUCAGAGUGCGACCGUCGGCCGAGGUGACCCCUCCCAACCCCAACCCCCUCACCCCCCUGCUCUGGGCAGGAGGCGGGCGGCUGAAUCCUGGAGCCGCCUCUCUGGCCCCGCUCUCUCCUCACGGUCCCGUGAUGGCGGCGGGGUGGUUGGACCCGGCACGGAUGAUUGUUACUUAUGAGGACGUGGCCGUGACUUUUACCCAGGAGGAGUGGGGGCAGCUGGACCCCGCCCAGAGGACCCUGUACCAGGAGGUGAUGCUGGAGACCUGCGGGCUCCUGGUCUCUCUGGGAUGUCCUUUGCCCAAGCCAGAGCUGAUCCACCCACUGGAGCACAGCCCAGAGUUACAGACGUGGAAGAGAGGCCUCUCCCCAAGCUCCUGCCCAGUUCGGGAGUCUGGGAAAUCCAGGAUCAAGGGGCUGGCAGAUCUGGCAUCUGAUGAGGGCCUGCUCCUUGGUGUGCAGAUGGCAGGCUUCUCAUUCUGUCCUCACAUGGCAGAGAAAAGAAGCAAGCUCCUUAGUAUCUUUUCUGGUGGCAACACAAAAGCUGAUACCACAGAGCCUACCCCUUCUCACCGGGCGUUGUCUGAGGAAGUCUCACCCCAGGAACAACUGACUCAGCGAGCCUCAGGGGACUCCCUGUUGGGACAAACCAAGGAUCAGGAUGGGCCACUGGAAAUGCAUGAAGUCCACUUGAGACCAGGGAUGGACCCCCAGAGGGAGAAGCUCUCUGGGAAAAUGAGCCCUGAACAUGGUGGUUUAGGGACACAUGAUGGUCUUCACUCAAGGAUUGUUCAGCAGCGAGUCUUUCCAGGAGAUAUUCUUUAUGAAUGUGACUCACGUGGACCAGUGAAAGGACCCUUGAUACAUGAAGGGAAACACCUCUAUAAGUGUGAGGAAUGUGGGAAAGUUUUUAACAAGAAUUGCUUCCUUGUUCGACAUGAGCAGAUUCACUCUGGCGUGAAGCCCUAUGAAUGCACAGAGUGUGGGAAAACCUUUAUUAAGAGCACACACCUCCUCCAGCACCACAUGAUCCACACCAGGGAGAGGCCCUAUGAGUGCACAGAGUGCGGGAAGGCCUUCAACCGCAGGUCACACCUCACGAGGCACCAGCGGAUUCACACUGGAGAGAAGCCUUACAAGUGCAGUGAGUGUGGAAAGGCCUUCACCCACCGCUCCAAUUUAGUCUUACAUAACAGAAGCCACACUGGUGAAAAACCCUUUGUGUGCAAAGAAUGUGGGAAAGCCUUUCGAGAUAAGACAGGUUUCCUUCGACACUACAUCAUCCACACGGGAGAGAAGCCCUUUGAGUGUGUGGAGUGUGGGAAAUCCUUCAACCGCAGAUCACAUCUCACCUGGCACCAGCAGAUUCAUAGUGGAGUGAGACCCUUUGAAUGCAACGAAUGUGGGAAAGGCUUUUGUGACAGCACAGACCUCAUCCAACACUAUGUCAUCCACACUGGAGAGAAGCCAUACAAGUGCCUUGAGUGCGGGAAGGCCUUCUACCGCAGGUCACACCUCAAGCAGCACCAGCGGAGUCAUACCGGGGAGAAGCCCUAUGUGUGCGGUGAAUGUGGAAAGGCCUUUACCCACUGUUCCACUUUUAUCUUACAUAAAAGAGCCCACACUGGAGAAAAACCCUAUGAAUGCAAAGAAUGUGGGAAAGCCUUUAGUAAUCGGUCAGACCUCAUUCGACACUUCAGCAUCCACACUGAAGAGAAGCCUUAUGAGUGCAUGGAGUGUGGGAAAGCCUUUAACCGUAGGUCAUACCUCACCAGACACCAGCGGAUUCACAGUGGAGAGAAGCCCUAUGAAUGCAUGGAAUGUGGCAAAGCCUUUUGCCAAAGGGCAAACCUCAUUCGACAUGCCAUCAUCCACACUGGAGAGAAGCCCUACGUGUGCACUGAAUGCGGAAAGGCCUUUACCUACUGCUAUACUUUUAUCUUGCAUAAAAGGGCCCAUAUUGGAGAAAAACCUUUUGAGUGCAAAGAAUGUGGGAAAGCUUUUAGCACUAGGAAAGACCUCAUUCGACACAUUAGCAUCCAUGCUGGAGAGAAGCCCUAUGAGUGCAUGGAGUGCGGGAAGGCCUUUAACCGCAUGUCAGGCCUCACCAGGCACCAGCGGAUUCACAGUGGAGAGAAGCCCUAUGAAUGCCUCGAGUGUGGGAAAACCUUCUGCUGGAGCACAAGCCUCAUUCGACACUCCGUCAUCCACACAGGAGAGAAGCCCUAUGAGUGCAGUGAGUGUGGAAAGGCCUUCAGUCGCAACUCAUCCCUCACUCAGCAUCAGAGGGUUCAUACUGGGAGAAACCCUGUCAGUGUGACAGAUGUGGGAAGAACCUUCACAAGUGGGCAGUCCUCAGUCAGUCUUCAAGAACUCCUACUGGGGAAAGACUUUUUGCAUGUAACGACUGAGGAAAAUCUUUUGCCAGAGGUAGCAUCUUACUCAGAAUCUGAUCAUUCAUACCAAAGAGAAACCUCUCAUUUUUCUUCCCCAUGAGAAAAGCUAUUGCAGGAUAUCAGUUGUCAUCUAAAGAGUCAUCUUAGAAAUGGCCUCAGCCUAGAAACUUAUUCUGUAUCUGAAAAUUCACACAGGAGAGUGAUCCAAUCUUUAUUGUGCACUUAGCAAAACCCGCAGCCACAUCUUUCUCCUUAGCUUACGCUACAAAAUUAUCUCAGGGAUAUUUGUAAACAAAAGAGGAGGAGACGAGAAAAGAGAAAAAUGCAAACACAGUUUUCAGAUUUCAGUGAUGAGCCUGUGGCAAUUUGUCAUCCCUUCCUUAGUUUAGUUGAGGCAAGGGGAGUGUUGUUGCAGAGAUCAGAGGGCCUUGUUCCUUUUAUUUGUCUUGAAUAUACAUGCACCUGCUGUCCAGUGUCAGGAGAGUUAGUUGAGAAUAUGUCUGAAAAUAUUUACUGCAAGCCAACUUUGUUCUACAACAUCGUCUUUAUCCUUGAGUAGCAUAUGUCUUUAUGAGAAAUAUGAAGGCUUGACUUAUGAAAUACUUUCAUAUUUAAGGAGAUAAAGAUGUAUGUAUGAGUGGGCCCGUUUUACUGCAUAUUUAAGACUGAUUUUUUGAGAACAUACUGUGUCAUGUGUCUUUAACCACCCAACACUCAUACUUAAUCUACUUGUUCAUUCUUUUUUUUUCUGUGGGGUGACAAUGACAGUGUAGCUGUGCGACCUUUCCAGAUGAAUCCCAGUUCUUCCCUCUGAUUCCUCCUUAGAGAGGUUUCUUCAGGUCCACCUCAGUGACUUUCUAGAGGUUGAAUUAGAGCCAGAACAAAAUAAAACACAUAGCUAAAUUAAGCUAAAGGAUAAUGAUACAUGCAGAGAGGUAGUCUCAUUUUUAAUCUUACAAAAGAUUGUGUGAAGAGUCACUGUCAAAGAAAGUGACUAGAAUUUUAACAGAUGAUAUGAGCAUGUGUGGGUGCAGGUACAUGUGUGUUCCACAGUUGUUGCCACUGGCUUAGUCCCAGUAUAAUGACUAAAUGACUAGUAUCUUUUGUCAGGGUAUUUUGAAAUUACUUCUUUGGAGUUUUGGUUUUUUUUGUUUUUGUUUUGUUUUUUGGUUUUUUUUUUUUUUUUUUGAGCAACGUGGUAGUAUUCCUUCAUGUUAAGAAAUAUACUGUACAGAAAGACAUAAAAAUAAUCAUGCAUUCACUCUGAACCCUCCUCAGGGCCUUUCAAAUGACUGCAUGUCUAGUUUUGUAUUCCCAUUGAAGGCCAAGUCAUUUUUGUUAUGUUAAUCCAUGGCAUUAUUGUGAAGGCCCCUUCUUCAUGCUUUUCAUGUCUUGUCUAAGAAGUCUUCAGCAAGCUCUAGGUCCUGAAUAUUUUCUCCUAAAAGUCUUAUAGUUUUACCUUUUAUAUAUAUAUAUAUAUAUAUAUUUUUUUUU